AUGCCGACACUACAAGACUGGUCCCGGUAUAACCAAUACCUCCGAGAACAUCAUCUCUAUCGGGACGAGAAUGGCGGGGAUCUGUAUUGUUGCAUCAACGAGCCGCUGCCUGGUCCACCUAGUCGGUCUAGUAUAUCGACUCUAUCGACUCUGUCGAAUCCAUCUAACCUCUCUACUCUAUGGAAUGCAUCGGAAGGGCCGCCAACGCCCUUGGAAGGCCCUCUGCAGACAUACGAAACCAUGACGAGCUCAAAACCUCGACAUCCCUUCAGAAUGGUAAUCUACAAGGCCGUCCCGGUCGAGGACGCCUGGCUGUGGAAACUCUCUUGUCGACGGGUCAACAUGGGCGCCGUGUCGGCGUGCACGCAGGCGAUAGUGCCACGUUACCUUUUUCGAUUCUGGCACGAUGAAAGCGGCGGGGGGAAUGUCAGAGGCCAAUUCAAGAGCGAGCGUGAAAAACAGGACAUGUGCGCGGACCUCGAGGUCAUGAAUGAGAGAGACAUCCGCGACAGCCUCGCCGACCACAUGCGCAACAGAAAAGCGUCGCCGUUCCAGAGUCCCUGGGUGUCCCUGUCAAUGUCGCCCCUCUGGGUCCUUGCCCAGGCCCUCGCGCUCAGGAAGAGAGGGUGCCAGAAUCUAAAACUCGCGAUCAUCGACACCUGGCAUUUGAAGCACGGGACGUACCUGUUCCAUGCGGAGGCGUUGCUCAGAGCAUACAAUGUCGCACCGAAUCUCCCGUUCCGCAAUAUGGGCGAGUCGAUGGUGUUGGCGUGGAGAGAAAUCCGUGCCCCGAUGACGGUGAUGCGCCUCGAUGAGAUCCUGCACAGCGUGCUUGAGGGUGAGUAUCUUAAGCCCGGGUACUUGAGAUUACAGCCGUUUCAUCACAAGCCAUCGAAAUCCGAAGUACCCAAAAAUCACAGCGUCACGAAGCAGGCAGUUAACAACAACAAGAUCGCCAAAAAGAGACAGCUAAACAAAUCUAGCCUCCGUAAACCGAGCGAGAUUAGGAAAAAGAUACAUUCGACUCCGUCCACGUACGAAGUGUUUCAGGAGAUCGUACUCGAACAGCAAGCCCCAUGGAGAUUUCCGCGAGGUCGAUUCGCUGGUAGGAUAUCCCAAGGGAAGCAGCCCGGUCGCAAGACUGGGCAUUUCCGGGUGCCAAUGGCGGUACACCAGCUCGACGAUUACGUGGAAUUUGUAAAGAGGGAAGUCAAGGCGGUAGAGUUCCAGUUUCCCUUGUUGAUUGCUCUGCUCUCGAAUCGCAUGGCGGAGCUGGAACGCGACUCCAUCCUCGACGCAAUCCGUGACUGGGGUGGCGAUGAUCCAAUGGUUAAUGCCCACAAACGGUGCAUUGUUCGGGACAGUUCUUCGCCCUCUCUUCCUGAGCUGGACGCCUUUGAAAAACUGGCUCGAGACGCCAGUGACACGCUGGGGAUCCGGGUCGUCGAGAACCCAGGCCUGCGGAGGUUCUGGGUUCUGCAGUCUCCACACACAGAUGUUCCUCACCCUCGCGGAAACAGUGAGUGGAUUAGGGACGUAGUCGAAGGGAGGGAAAGGAUGCAGAUGAGGCUGAAAAAGGAACAAGACCAAGCCCAGGAAAAAGCCAUGACAGCACCGAUGCUAGGUUGUACAGAGAACCAGAGUGGCAAAUAA